CAGGAAGUGGUCCAAAUCUUAUUCGGUACUUUCUCCACUUGUAUCCAAAGUCACUCAGGUGGAAGAUAAAUCCACAUCGUCUCUGUGUUCUGCUGUGUUUUACUCCAACCUGUGGUUUGUUGCAGCAGCGCUGUUGUUUCUGCUCCGUCUGUCCUCAGUCACCGACCGCGGGGCGAGGAUCAGGAUCUGACCGCAGGGCGUGAUGCAAGUUGAACUUUGCUAAUAAUUACUUGCCAGAAAGCGUCCAAAGGUUCUGCAGCGCUGUCACCAAACCUCCCUGCUGAAACACCGUUUGCGAGAUGUCUUCUGCGUGGCAAAGUGUCCUGUCUGUGCACCAGAGAAUAGUGGACAAUGGAGAUAAGAGGACGGACCCGUGGCUGCUGGUCUACUCCCCCAUCCCGGUGUCACUCAUCUUCCUGGUCUACCUCUGUGUGGUCUGGGCUGGCCCUCGUCUGAUGAAAAACAGGGAACCCGUUGACCUCAAAGUCGUUCUCAUUGUUUACAACUUCGCCAUGGUCGGCCUGUCUGCCUACAUGUUCCAUGAGUUCCUGGUCUCCUCAUGGCUCUCAAACUACAGCUACCUCUGUCAGCCUGUAGAUUACAGCACCAGCCCGCUGGCAAUGAGAAUGGCCAGAGUCUGCUGGUGGUUCUUCUUCUCCAAGGUCAUAGAGCUCAGUGACACGCUCUUCUUCAUCCUGAGGAAGAAGAACAGUCAGCUGACUUUCCUCCAUGUCUACCACCAUGGCACCAUGAUCUUCAACUGGUGGGCGGGGGUCAAGUACGUGGCCGGGGGACAGUCGUUCUUCAUCGGCCUCGUCAACACCUUCGUUCACAUCGUGAUGUACUCUUACUACGGCCUGGCAGCGAUCGGCCCUCACAUGCAGAAGUACCUGUGGUGGAAAAGAUACCUCACGUCUCUGCAGCUGCUGCAGUUUUUCAUGUUCCUCCUGCACACGGGCUACAACCUGUUCACAGAGUGUGACUUCCCCGAUGCCAUGAAUGUGGUGGUGUUUGGUUACUGUGUCACCCUCAUCAUCCUCUUUAGUAACUUCUACUAUCAGAGCUACCUCACCAAGAAGAAGCAGAAAUAAGACGCAGCGGUGAGGCGUUACACACAAUCCAACGUAAUGAGGCUUUAAUGAAAAGAGCUGAAGCCAGUGCGACAAAGUAUUUUACACAGGGAAUGAAGUUUUCUGUGGCUGCAGUACUCACCAGCAUCCACUAGAGGGCACAACAUGCCCACAUUAUGAAGGUUUUUUCCCAUGGUGCUCACCAACUGUCUAUUACGCUCUACAGUCACAACAAGCUAUUGAUUGAUCAUUCAAUUAUUUAUUUCUUAAAUUGAGAAAGGACAAACAUUCAAAUGAUUGUUGUAAACAAACUGUACAUUUUAUACAUACAAUAAUAAAGUAGGUUGGUUUCUCUGCGUAAUCGCAGAAUUAAUGCGCUCAGACCCUCCUCAGGAAAUAAAUCCAAAAGCAAAAACAACACUUAACAACAAAAUGCAGGAAUGCAAACUUUUUUUUCCACUGCUAAAACAACACAGCAAAAUGAUAUAUUCUUCUCUACACUCCAGUCUAUAAUAGAUUGAAAGAUGUAGAUUAGAGAGACAAAAACAUCAGAGGAGGGAGAGAACAUUUUAUUUAAAGUCUAUUCAGGAGUUUUGUAGUGUCUGAAGUUUAUAUAUUAAAGCUGAAAAAACUG